GAACUUUUCUUCUGGUGUCGCCUUUUUUUGCUUCUACCCCCGCAUGAGGUUUCCGCAGCAGGUCCGCCGCAUGAACUGCGACCUGUCCGGAACUCAUCCGUUCUUUACCUCAGCCCUCCAGCUUUGAUAUUGACCUUGUCAUGGCUCCAGGUGCCGGAGGGAAGAGAAAAAGAGGCGAUCGAUCGUGGUCUGGCGAAAUCGGGAACGACGGUUCACGACCAUCCCCUCAUCGACCAGGCAAUCUCAACAUGGCGCAACACAAUCACGGCCCGCAGUCUCGCGAUUACGACUCGCGUGGUCGCGGUCGGCGGAUUUCCAGUCGGGGGAGAGGUGGAAAUAUGAAUAUGGGUCGACGCCCAAGUGGCGAUGGCCAGAACUUCGCCGCCGGUCGGAGGGACACGGCCAUGUCCCCGCCUAGCAGCGCCCCAACGAGAGACGUAACUGACUUCAACCAAACCAACGGAGCUCCCACGAAUGCCGAGCAGCAUAAACCUCCUCCAUCGCCCUCACCUGCCGCUUCAUCGGCCCAGUCACAGCCGCAACCUCAAACGCAGAUCCAACCCUCCCCUGCGCCGACACCCGCUCCUCCGCCGCCCAUGCAAUCAUCCAAUGCUCCCGUUCAGCCUCCCCCUGGUCCUCCACCGCCGUACGACUACGAGUACGUUACACAAACCGUAACAGAUCAAUGGGUCGCGUCAGGGAGAAGGGAAAUCGUGGAGAAAGGAAUACAAGCAAAGGACGCGCAAGAUGCUUCUGGCCUGGCGUCUAUCUACCAAGAGCUCAUCCGCUCCGCCCUGUACGGACGGCUUUCUCCAGACCACGCAGGCUCGGCAGUUAGGGAUAUCAUUGGCGAGGAUGUUGCUGCGGAGAAUGUCGACAUGAACGGGGAGCAACCGGCUUCCGGCCCACUUGACACGCGCUCUCUUUUCCUAGACACUUUAUCCAUACUUACCGAUUCCGACACGUCGAAUAGUGCCUUGAGGCCGCUCGUAUUCUCCACCGGCAUCGACGCGGCCCUUAUGCGUCAACAGCUCGACACGCAGCUCCUCCAAGCGCUUGGACUUGUCCGCGAAACCUUCCACCGUAUGGGCAUCCGCAAGCAGACCAAUCUCUUGUACCGGCAGUCGAACUACAACCUUCUACGCGAGGAAUCCGAGGGAUAUUCUAAGCUUCUGACCGAACUUUUUACGACGAGCAACAAUGAACCUCCAUCUAGUGAAGUCGUGGAAGACACAUUCGAGAAGGUGAAGGCGAUGAUCGGUGCUUUUGACAUGGACGUUGGCCGUGUGCUGGAUGUCACUCUUGAUGUGUUCGCAGCGGUCCUCGUGAAACAAUAUCGCUUUUUCGUCAAGCUACUGCGUGCCAGUUCGUGGUGGCCCAAGGAGGACAGCUUCCGCAAUAUGGAGGGUGGAAAUCGAGACUCUGGUCUGCCACGGUGGGCGCUACCCGGAUCUUCUGGGUGGGCGACCACGGAUGAAGAGCGGUCUGAGAUAAUGGAAGCUAACGAGCAGCGCGACCGUGACUUCUGGGCCCGUGUCAGAGAGAUUGGGAUUCGGGCUUUUUUCGAGAUAGGCCGUCGGCCUGUGAGUCAGGAGGAGCUUCAGCACAUCCUUCCUGAAAGCAACAGUCUUUCCGAAGAAGAAAGGACGAUGCGAAAGUGGAUCGAGGAGACGGGCACCUUGCCUCCCAAGGGUAGCCGAGUCGCGGCUCAACUCCUUGGAUUUAAGCUACGGUUCUAUUCUUCCAAGGCUCGUUCGAGGUCGGACGUUCUUCCGGAUAAUCUCAUCUACCUGGCAGCUCUGCUGAUCAAGGUGGGCUUCAUCUCCCUGCGCGACCUAUAUCCUCACCUCUGGAGACCAGAUGACUCCAUGGAUGCAUUGAAGGAGGAAAAGCUUAAAGAAAAAGCUGAGAGAGAGCGUGCCGCACGUCCGGGAGGCGGUGUUAAUGCUUUGAUGAUGGCCGGUGCGCUCUCUGAUGACACUGUUCCCAUGCCGCGCAUUCGUGAAUCCGAGACUCGAUCUGCCACUCCUGGAAAAGAUCAGGAAGCGGAUAAGGCCGCUGCUGCUGCCAAGGCAGAAGAAGAGGAGCUACCGGAGCCUUCAGAUCAGAAGGUAAUGCUCUUGAAAAGCCUACUCGCGAUCGGAGCCCUUCCCGAGUCGUUGUUUAUCCUCAGCAAAUUCCCCUGGCUGAUGGACGUCUAUCCUGAACUCCCCGAAUUUAUCCAUCGCAUCCUCCAUCACUGUCUCAGUAAGGUAUAUGCUCCGUUCCGCCCUAUGCCUUCAGCCGAAGGUAUCAGCGAACAGAAACAAAUCCCGAGCCAAGAUCAGACAGGUUUGGCAAAGGGUCAGAUUCGACUGGCUCAGGCACCGCCACGGCGCGUUCUGCGAUGGGCCCAGCUUGACAAGGAGGACACCAAUGAUGGAACCGACUACCGAUUCUACUGGGAUGAUUGGGCCGAUAACGUGCCUAUCUGUCAGUCAGUCGAUGAUGUUUUCGCGCUCUGUUCUUCGUUCCUCAAUCUGUCCGGCCAUAAAAUUGGACAGGAUUCCAGUCUACUGUCGAAGCUUGCGCGAAUCGGAAAGGAUAGUCUUAGCAAAGAUGAUUCUCCCGAGAACAGGGCGCGGUGGCAGGAUCUCUGCAAAAGACUUCUGGUUCCGUCCAUCAGUCUUACGAAGGCAAACCCUGGAGUUGUGAACGAAAUCUUUGAGCUCCUCAGUUUCUUCUCCAGAGAGACCAGAUACAACAUGUACGCGGAGUGGAAUUUGGGACAGACGUCCCGCCUACCGGAUCUCAGAUCCGCCUUCGACCAAGCAAGGGCCGAGACAAAAGACGUUCUGAAGCGAUUGAGUAAGACCAACAUCCGUCCAAUGGCUCGUGCCUUGGCCAAGAUUGCCUAUGCCAACCCUGGAAUCGUCAUCAAUGUCGCUAUCAAUCAGAUCGAAUCCUACGAGAACCUGAUCGAAGUUGUCGUGGAGUGUGCACGCUACUUCACUUAUCUUGGAUAUGAUAUCCUGACCUGGGCUCUGAUCAGUUCCUUGGGUCAGAAGGGUCGAAGCCGUGUCCAAGAAAGCGGUUUGCUGACCAGUCGAUGGUUGAACGCCCUCUCCACUUUUGCAGGAAGAACGUUCAAGAGAUAUUCAGUGAUGGACCCCGGCCCUCUACUGCAGUACGUUGUCGAACAGCUGCGGCAGAACAAUUCAACCGACCUUAUUGUCUUAGAGCAAAUUAUCAGUUCCAUGGGCGGUAUCAUCACGGACACCAAUUUCAAUGAGGCACAAAUUCAGGCCAUGGCAGGUGGAGAAGUACUCCAGGCUCAAACCAUUCUGCAGCUUCUGGACAAGCGACACGAAUCGAAAACGACCUCGAGACGACUCAUGAAAUCGUUGACCGUGUCCAAACUCGCUGGACAGUUGCUGAUUGCGAUUGCCCAAGAACGUUUGACUUGCAUCUUCAACGAAACCGAUGGUGCUUCCGAAUUGAAGCUUCUGGGCAACAUCUUUGACGAAAUUCACCGUGUCCUCGCACAGUACCUUGAUUUGCUUCGCACCAACCUCACUGUCGAGGAAUUUGAUUCUUUCGUUCCCGAUAUGGCCUCGCUCAUCGGCGAAUACGGCAUUCAGCCAGAAAUAGCCUUCUGGAUUCGGAGGCCAAGCAUUGCGCUGAAGAUCGCGAAAGUUGAGAAGGGAGGACAGGAUGAGGACUCAUGGGCAGCAGACCGGGAUACGGAGGACAAGCCGCAGGUGAAGGUUGAGGGCGAUAAGAUGGAUACAGGGGAAGACGGCGAGGCAGCCGCUCCCGAAGUGGAACAAUCCGCGGAAAACUCUAUGGAGGUGGAUUCGGAGAAGCCCGAGUCCACGCCCAAUACCCAGGGCGCUACGGACACGACCACUGGCGGUACCACAAUCACCGAAGCGCCCGCUCUCAAUCCAGUUAUCCAAGACCUCCAAGACCAAAUCAAGGCUGUGUUGCCGACUGACACAUGGGGUACCGUUGGUCUCCAGUUCUACGUCACCUUCUGGCAGCUGUCACUUUACGAUGUGCAUAUUCCGCAAAAGGCUUACGAGGAUGAAAUCGAUCGCCAGAAACGGAAGGUCAUUGCGAUUAACAACGAUCGAUCAGAUGUCAGCAUGGCCGGCACGCAAAGAAAGGAGCGCGAGAAGAAACAGUUGACACAACUUCAGGAUCGGAUAUUGGAGGAGAACAAGGCCCAUCUCAAGGCAUAUGGUCAGACGCGGACGAAGUUGCAGAAAGAGAAAGAUCGAUGGUUUGUUGGCAUGCGCGGCAAGCACGAUGCUUUGAAUGUCGCUUUAUUGGAGCAAUGUUUCUUGCCACGCCUGCUUUUGUCUCCGAUUGAUGCAUUCUACUGUUUCAAGAUGCUCAAGUUUCUCCACACGACCGGCGCCCCCAACUUCCGGACAGUUGGCCUCCUUGACCAGCUAUUCAAGGAGCAGAGGCUGACCGCCCUGAUCUUCAUGUGUACAUCUCGAGAGGCGGACAAUCUUGGUCGAUUCUUGAAUGAGGUCAUCCGCGACCUUGGCCGCUGGCAUGCAGACAAGACGGUCUAUGAGAAAGAAGCUUUUGGGAACAAGAAGGAUCUUCCCGGGUUUGCCAUCAAUACUGACCCCGAAGGGAAGCCGACAACCUUCCUCGAAUAUGAAGAUUUCCGACGGCUGCUGUACAAAUGGCACCGCCUCCUGGCGUCAGCAUUGAAGACCUGCUUGAACGGAGGAGAAUACAUGCACAUUCGCAACGCCAUUAGUGUGCUGAAGGCUGUCGUGCAGCAUUUCCCUGCGGUCAACUGGAUUGGUCAGAACAUGCUCACUAGCAUGAACACCCUCAGCCAAACUGAUGAGCGUGACGAUGUCAAGAUCCCCGCUGCCUCGCUUAUUGGUGAUCUCAACCGACGGGAAAAGAAAUGGCUGCUUCCUCAAGCGUUUAUGAUUGCCAGUCAGCCGGCGCCGGGCAAAGCGAACGCACCCAGCGCAACAGGAAAACCCGGCACUCCGCGCCCUCAAUCCGGUACUCUAGCAUCUUUGAAUGCUUCUGCGCCCGAAUUUAGGCCUACGACGGCCAAUGACAACCCAGAGAUUCCAAAUUCAGAGAUUUUGACUCGAGCAGAGGUCGAAGAUGGUGAGAUUGAGGAUGCGAGAAUGGCCGACGCACCGACGAGGACUGCGGAUGCAAAGAACCAAUCGGCCCAGCAGGCCGAAGAGACUGGUACAGCAGCUUCUCAGCCCAAUGCAGCGGAGGCCCAACCUACCGAGACCCCAGAACCGAGUGGCCGCGCCCAGACCAUAGACGAUAAAGACACGCCUUCUCUGGUCGGAGCGCCCUCUGAAGGUGAACCUGCUUCCCGUCCCCACGUUCCUGCAUCGCCUGCGGAGUCUUCAGCCGCUUCGAAAGUUUCUGAACCUAGUAAACCGCCGCCCAAUAUCCCAAAGCGCCCCGACUUUGAUAGAGGUCCGUCUGGGCUCCCGAACACUCGUGCACAAACGCACCUUCCAAAUAGACGACUACCUCCCCGACCUACCGAUCUCAUGGAUGACCGACGCGACAGACAUCAAGAUUAUCCUCGCGGCGGCCGAUUCGGAGGUGAGCACGACUAUAAUCGACCCUUUGACCAGCCCGCGGGCGACGGACGAACCUAUGGUCGCCUUGACAGAGACUUUCCUGGCCGGCCUCCCAUGGACGAAUCAUUCCGCGGCCCUCCCCAUCGAGAUGGACGCCCGCUACGGGAUAAUGACUGGCCAGAUCGGACUGGUCGGUUGCGUCCCGAUGGCCGUGACAGUCUUCCAAACGUCCGAACUGGCCCACCAACACAUCCUGACCGGCUUGAUAUGAUCCAUGAUCAUCCGGAGCGGCCUGUGGACAAUUUCCGCAGUCGCGAUACGGGACGGCAGGAGAGAGACGAGCGGAGGGCUUUGCCAUCACGAGCGCUGUCGCCUCCGCGUAUGGAUCCGCCGAAUCGUCCCGAAAGGUUCCCGUCUGAUGACCGCCGGGGUGCCAACUAUUCCCAGCAGCACCCGCGCAACGAAGAUAUGCCUACCGGACCCCGUAGCGACCGGUUUCCCCGGCAGCCAAUUGAUUCUGAUUCCGGUGUCGACCUGACGUCGGGUCGCCUACGACAGCCAGAACCCCCUGCCGAUGUGCCCCUAGGCCCACGAGGCAGAAAUAUGCAGGGUCGAGGUGGACGCAAUGUGUCCGGCACACUCCACUCUGGCCUUUCAUCGGCCGCUCCUGGCGCUGGAACUGCACCCGACCGCCAGCCUCCUACAGGACCUGGUCGCCAAAAUGCUCGAGCUACUCCUGAUCAAGCUUCUUCUGUCCCUCCCUCCUCUCCAACCACAGAGAAGCUCGACACCAGUGGCAUGCAUCCUGACCGGCUCAAGGUUCUACAACAACAACCCCAAGACACCCCCUAUGGCGGCAAUCCUCGCUCACACCCUCCGCCGUCCCCAGCUUCCGUCGUCCCUCCGUCCGGUCCCAGGGGAGGGGUUGCCCCUCCUAGUGGGCCAUCGUCUGCCCCUCGUGGCCCGCCUUCUGGGCCUGGCUUCGGUGGUGAACGAGGCCGUGGUGACAAGCGGUUUGCUGGGAUCAACAACAUGCUGCAGCAGUCCGGAGGGCCGCCUGAGCGUAAUCCUGGACCCAUGAUUCGUGGUCGGGGCGCCAAUCGGCAAGCUACGAAUGCGCCAUCCCCACAGUCAACUGGUCCUCAGGCUCCCGUGGGACCCGAAGAGACAGGCCGUCUUGGUCCUCCGUCUCAAGGGAGACCCGACCUACUCGCAGGUCGCCCAGGAGGAGCAUCAUAUCCGGAAGAUGAGAACCCCCGAAACCGAUUUGGCAGCGGACGGGGCGAGUUGUUGGAGGAAAGCGGUUCUGAAAGCCGAAGAUCGGGGCGCUAUUCUUCAGGUGGUAGCUUCAAUCAGGACCGCAACGACCGCGAGCGUGAACGUGAGCGUCGGGGCGGCGGCGAGGAAGAGGGACCGCGGAGUAGCAGUCGACGAGAGGAACAUCGGGAUCGCACACGCGAUUAUGAACGCGAGCGUAGUCGUCGUAGCGAUGCUGGAGCGGGCGCUCCGCGCGACGAACGCUUCGAGUCCCGAGAAGUGUCUCGACGAGGUGCCGGGGCACGUGAAGACAACCGGCGACGACGAGAUCGUGAUGAAGGAUCGGAUCUGGCUCCCAGCAGCCAGGACCAUGAAGGGCGUCUGAGGCCACCGUCCUCGCUUGGUGGACAACCCCCGCCCCCUCCGCCACCACCGCCUGCUGGCUCGGAAGAGGAACCACGACGAUGGAGCGGUGGACGCGAAGGGCGAGACCGGGAUCGUGAUCGCAACCGUGAUCGCCAGCGAGACCGGGACUAUCACCGUGAUGGUGCUGGUGGAGGGCCUCAUCGCAAGCGGAAUCGACCGGGAGACGACGGCAAUCAUGGCGACGGAGCCGGACGAGGAGGAAUGCGUAUGGGUGGUGAGAGCAAACGCCCUCGACGCGGGGGUUGAUUUGAUACCAGCGGAAUGACACGUACUGCAUGAUAGUUGUUUCUUCUUCUUUUUUUCGUCUUUGAUUCUCCUCACACACCCACCCCAUAUACUCAAUUCCUUCACACCUCCCUCUCUGGCUACACACCCUCACUCCCUCAUUUCCUUCUUUUUUUUCUUCUUUUUUUUCCUUCUCUCUCCUAUUAAAUUUACUCUGUAUCUUGUGCCCUGGAUUGCAUGCAUUGUUGGAC